CUCUCGCGUCACCAGUUAGCGGCUGUGGAAGACGCGAUCCCGUGGCCCGUCCAACCCUGUCCGGCCUGUCAACGACGUUCCUCCAAAGCCCCCGGCUCGUCGCUGGUUCUCAACUACCCGCCCUCCCAAGGGCCAUCACACGAAGGCAAAUGGAGCCACCUGCGCCCAGGACCGGCCCGACCCUCUGGGUGUCGACGGCCACCGCAAGGCGUCGCCAUCGCCAGAUACGAAGUCAUGCUCUCCAGGUGUGGUGCGGCGCCGCAGAAGUCUGACAAGCGCCUUCCAAACAGUCAAGACUCGCUGCUCUCGUGACAAGCUACUGACGGACAGUGAUGAGGCGGGAAUCGGGAAGCAGCCACGGUUGUCGGGAACUUCAAAUGAAACGACCAUGAAACUAGCUGAUGUGCCAACUUUUGCCGAGGCCCCUCCCCGAUUGGAUGUUCUCUCCGAACUGCCGAGUGAUGGCCUGCACCGGUCUUCAACUUUCCGAACAUCCCUCGAAAAAGCGGUUGAGGAUAUCAAUGUAAAAUACGGCACAACUCGGCUGCCUGAGAAGCAAGUAGGGGCAAUCGGCGACGGCGACGGCGUUUGCAGCACCCGCCCACCCCCUUACUACGCCCGAAGCAACUUUCAGCCAAGAUACAGACUCCCACAGUUUGUCACCAUCCCUCCGGUCCGCACGCAACCUACUGUUGGUGAGCUCAAGACGGGCUCGCCAUACUCUUCUAAAAGCACAAGCAAUGUGGCUGGGAGCCCUCUCUCCGAUUUUCACAUUGACAAUAUUCUAAACCGGGCCCUUUCUGGGACCAAGGCUGCCAAAGACCAGUCUUCUGCUAUAAAGCAAGAGGUUCCGGCGCUUGAUAAGUGCGAGUCAGUUUCAGGGUCCUUGUCGAGCCUCGCUGGGGGUACUACGGCGCCUAUUCCUGACAACCAGAGAGACGAAACCCAAAAUUUUUCAACGCAAGGUCAACGCGAUGCUGCUGAUAAAGGCGAGCCUUUCGUCAAAGAUGCAAACUGCGAAACAGAAUCGCUCACAGCCGAUGAGCCUUACGCGGUCGCUGACUCCAUCCCUGGCACCUUUCCGGCUGCGUUUGAGGACGAGAAGCCCCAUUUACACUUUCGCACGGAUAAGAUUGUCCCCAACAUUUUCUGUUGGCAAACCCCCAAGGAGGAGGACAGCUCGCAAGAGGAGGGUCCGAAGCAUCCAUCGUCCUUGGUCAUAGGCCGAGUGCGUGAUGUUUCCGACAGCUCCGAUGGUCUGACCGAAACCGAUCUGGCCGGCCUGCAGAAAGCCCGCAGCCAUGAUAGCACAUCGAGCGCCUGCCAUGAGCAUCAAAGGGCCCCAUCUGUGUCUGAACUUGUCAGCAAGUUUGGUCGGAUGGCGUCUUCUCCAAAGGGCCCGAACGGCAGCGUGGGUCGCGGAGUGAGCGAGCAGCAAUCCCUCUGCAAGACUGUGACAUUUGGAACCGGCCGCCGCCAGAUGUCUCUCGAUUCUGGGGACGGUGAAUCCCGCACAUCUGGGUCGGACAACCCCGACAUGGUUCCCGUCGAGAUUGCUGCAAAAUCAAGACGCAUCGAGAGCAGUACCGACAUUUCUGGCCAUCAUGGCCUCUGCUAGACGGGUACCCGUGAUUGAGAAGGCAAAUUGACGGAGGACAGAGGUCCAGUCGUGAGACACGCAUUCUAUGUUCUAUGGUGGAGAUCACGAAAGCCCUUAUUCAACAGGAGCAGCUCGUAUUGCACAGGAUACUGGACCUAUGCACCUGAAGUGUCGUGGAGAUUUUAUUGCUUCCAGCUUUCCUUGUUGGGCCAACACGAAGUAGUGUUAGAGUCGAGAGUACGGGUAGCCCACUUCAAACGCAUGAGUAGCCAUGCGCAUACUCAGAUAUCGUACAAGGCUACACCUGGAAAC